CAAGCUGGAGCCUCUGAGCGCUCUGGACCACGCGAGCCCAGGAGCGCUUAAAAGCUGCUCCUCGUAGAUGCCUUCGCCAGAGCAGUAAGAACUUCCUCCUGUGUCCCUGCGUCUCCUCCCUCUGAAACUCCCCAGGAAAAGGGUCAGAAGACCCCAGGGGGAGGGGCAAGCGGAAAUCCUACCGUAGCUCUUUCUCCCCUCCCCUCCCCCUCCCCCCGCCGGGCGCGCAGGCAUGGAUGGGCUCAGCCCUGGCCAGGGCAACAACACAACAUCGUCGCAGGGUCCAUUUGGGACAGGUGACAACACUACUGGCAUCUCCGACGUGACCUUCAGCUACCAAUUGAUCACCUCUCUACUACUGGGCACGCUCAUCUUCUGUGCUGUGCUAGGCAAUGCGUGCGUGGUGGCCGCUAUCGCCCUGGAGCGCUCCCUGCAGAACGUGGCUAACUAUCUCAUCGGCUCCUUGGCGGUCACCGACCUCAUGGUGUCGGUGCUGGUGUUGCCCAUGGCCGCGCUGUACCAGGUGCUCAACAAGUGGACCCUGGGCCAGAUCACCUGCGACCUGUUCAUCGCCCUCGACGUGCUGUGCUGCACCUCGUCCAUCCUGCACCUGUGCGCCAUCGCGCUGGACAGGUACUGGGCCAUCACGGACCCCAUCGACUAUGUGAACAAGAGGACUCCCAGGCGCGCCGCUGCGCUCAUCUCGCUCACUUGGCUCAUUGGCUUCCUCAUUUCCAUCCCGCCCAUGCUGGGCUGGCGCACCCCCGAAGACCGCUCGGACCCCAACGCUUGCACCAUCAGCAAGGACCAUGGCUACACCAUCUAUUCCACUUUCGGCGCUUUCUACAUACCUCUGCUACUCAUGCUGGUUCUCUACGGGCGCAUCUUCCGAGCCGCGCGCUUCCGCAUCCGCAAGACGGUCAAGAAGGUGGAGAAGAGGGGAGCGGACACUCGCCUUGGAGCAUCGCCAGCGCCACAGCCCAAGAAGAGCAUUAAUGGAGAGCCAGGGAGCAGAGACUGGAGGCGGGGCGUGAACAAGGCAGGGGGGACUUUGUGCGCCAACGGCGCGGUGAGGCAGGGCGACGAUGGCGCCGCCCUGGAGGCGAUCGAGGUGCACCGAGUAGGCAACUCCAAAGAGCACCUGCCGCUCCCCAGCGAGGCCGGUGCUGCCUCCUGCGCCCCCACCCCCUUCGAGAGGAAAAAUGAGCGCAACGCCGAGGCCAAGCGCAAGAUGGCCCUGGCCCGCGAGAGGAAGACGGUAAAGACACUGGGUAUCAUCAUGGGCACCUUUAUCCUCUGCUGGCUGCCCUUCUUCAUCGUGGCUCUGGUCCUGCCCUUCUGCGAGAGCAGCUGCCACAUGCCCACCCUUUUGGGCGCUAUAAUCAACUGGCUGGGGUACUCCAACUCCCUGCUAAACCCUGUCAUUUAUGCCUACUUCAACAAGGACUUUCAAAACGCCUUUAAGAAGAUCAUCAAGUGCAAGUUCUGCCGCCAGUGAUGAUGGAGGAAGAGCUGGCGAGCAGGGGCUACAGGACCCGCCCCAUUCACUCUGCUUCCUCCAGCCCUCUGGAAUCAACGCCCAAGAUAACUUGCUGCUUUCCCUCUGACUUUCUCAUCUGCUGUGCCCGCGGCUUCCGGACCUCUUCCCCUCCCAAGCCCCGCGUCAGGCAGUGCGCUCUGGACAGGGAGGCCCCAGCCGCCGCCCCGG